UUGACAUUAAUCAUGUUUGUUGAAGUUUUGUUGUUUUGAUUUAUUAUUACUCUAUGAAGAACUGGUUAUUUUUAACUAAGCGUAAAGUAUCAUUUAUUUAAAAAUGUCACUAGUAGCAGAUUAUGGAGAUUCUUCAGAUUCUAAUUCGUCUAGCAGCGAAAAUUCAGAGUCGGAAAUUGAAGAUAAUAGCUGUCAUAUGUUUUAGUGAAACAGAGGAAAAAAAAACAUUGCCUUCACAAAAGUUGCCAACUCCAAACUUCGGAGAGACGAAAGUUGAAGAUGAAAUUAAAUCUUCAGUUUUCAAGAAUCCUUUUAUAGAAGCAGAAAAUGAAAAAGAGGCUAUACUACAGAAGCACGUAAAAAUGGUGGACACUAAAGACAAUACAAUGGUUAUCAACGGUAAAAAAAUUUGUUGGAAUUACAGGAAAGGAAGGUGUCGUUUUGGGCAUAACUGCAAAUUUGCUCACGAUUCGGACAUACAAAAAACAGAGGAUCAGUUAAAGGCCGAAAAAGAAGCUGCAAUUCAGAAUUCUAUUAUCUGCCAAAGAGGUCAAAUGGGCCAUAGUCAGUUUACUGCUCAACCAACUACACAAGACUUGACAGAAAUUAAUGACGAAGCUAUGCAGAACAAGAAACGUAAGAGGCCUGGUUUAACUCAGGGCCUAAUACCUGGAAAGAAAGUUAUGAGCAGCUAUUUAAAAAAUCGUAAAUUGUGAAAUGUUAACAGGUAGUUGUUCAACGAGAAAGAAUGGAGGACAGUAUGUAUCUUACCAAUGAUAUCAUUUUUAUUUAGUAGCAAUAGUUGAAUGACCGGGAACGUUUAUUUUAUAAAUAAUUAAAAAAUUACUUUUAUUUCUGCGCUCUCUAGCAAAAAAUAAAUAUUUGAUUAUUAGAAAUAGUUCUUUGAAUAAUGUUGUACCGUUGAAUGAAAAAUACUAUUUCUCUCUCAGCGGUUGUACUGAACUUUUGCCAAGUAUUAGGAAAAACAAGAAAAAUAAACUUAAUUAUUACUGAGUGGUGAUAUUAAGAAAUUCAUGUCCAAAAUUUGGAUGGUAAAACAAUUUUGAUCCAAACAAAUUAUAAUUAUGAAAGUAAUAUAAAAUAAGAGGAAACAUUUUUGUACCAUAGCUUAUAAUAUUUGAAACUGCCAAAUCUUGAGCUUCUUGAAGUGAAAGGUCUGUUAUUAUUUGUUAUGUGUUAAUACUGGAUGACCUAAAAAUAUUUCAUUUUAAGUAUUACAAAUACAAUACUGAAAAAAUGAAGUGUCAAUUAAUAUUUUGCUUUAAGAACAUUGGUUCCAAUUAUAAGCUAGUUUAUAUAAUAUUUGACAAAUUUUUUAUAUAUUUACUCAAAUGUAAAAAUUAGCCAGAUAUGUUUUGUAAAUUUAGUACAUAUAAUGUUCCUAAAGUCUUGGUAUAAAAUAUUGGUAGGUUUGUGUGAAUGUGGCUGAAUUGUAUUGAGGAUUUACAAUUUUUUAGAGUACCUAUGUAAGGAGUUGUAAGUUUAACUAUCUAGAAGUUGACUCGAUUUGCACAUUUUGAUAAUAAAUGUUUAACAAUU